CAAAGACGCAGCGCAACACGCCGUGUCGCUGUCUGAAAUGAGCAAUGGACACGCCGGGCUGAAGCUUCACUGGAGGCCGGCGUCCUGCCUCUUUGCGCUGUUCCAGGGGGCGCUGAGCUCCAGUCUGGUGGGCCCGGGCGCUGUUGGCUCCUUUCAGGGCGGCGGCGGCGGCCGGCGCUUCGCUGGGUAUGCUCAGGUCACUGAGCCACCAGUGGGCUUCUUCAUCGGUGGCUCGAGUAUCAGAGGCCUAAAUGGCUUGUACUCCCGGGAGCAGCACGUGCCCGGCGGCUUCAGUCACUCCUUCACCUUCUCGUACCGACAUGACUACACUGGGUGGCGUCUAUGUUUGGUGGGGGCAUCUGACAGCGUGCGGCGCAGCACUGGGAGGCAGACUGAGUGGGUUUUAAUCGACCCGGACAAGGCCGACCGUUUGCGCCACGACGGGGACCAGUUGAUCCCCGGCAGCGGGCGCAGGUGGAGCCACGUGCACCGCACCAAGGACACAGAGCCCAACCUGAAGGCCGGCAGCGCGGUGGCGCAGGCUGUUGAGGAUGAUGAUGACGAAUUGCCCUGGCAAGUCGUCGGCGUGGGGGCGCAGGAAAUGCUGGAAAGGCUGAAGCGGUACUUUAACUUCUACAAGCACGAGGUCCAAGCCGCCAUCUCAGGGCGGAACUUGCCAGCGCUGCCGCUGGGAGGGAAGGGCCUGGAGACUGGGCCGCCAGAUGGCUUUAGCUUGCCCAGCGCAGUUCAAGCCGCCGAAGCUUCGGAAGCCGACGGCACCGACGCUUGCUUGGAAGGACCCGCCAGCCUGGAGAACGUGGAGGCGGAGCUGCCCAUGGCCGACAGCCCCUGGGCCUCGGCGGUGCUGGAGCUGCGCAGGGCCAGGUGCCACCGGCGACAGCGGAAGUUGGAGGAGUCCGAGGCGGCGAUCGGCGCGGCGCUGUCGCUCUUUCCUCGCUUCGCAGCUGCCAUGGAAGAGCAGGGCAAGCUCCGGAUAGAUCAAGGCCGUUAUCAGCAAGCCAUUCACUCGUUUGAGACCCUCUUGCAUAUCGACAGACGAACCUGGCCCUCAUUGGCUGAUUGGCUAGUGCGCGUUCACACGCUCAAGCGGCGUCAAGAAUCAGACGUUCUGGCAGAGAAGGCCGAAGUGGUGGCAGAAGGACGAACAUCGCAGUGCCUGGCUUGGCGUCAAACUGGAGGCUGCUCCCCAACGGGCGUGCUGGAGCCAUCAGCAGACAAGCCAUGCACGGCGGCGAUUGUGAAUGGCAACUCAGGGUUCUGCCAAUGUACCCCACUAGGCGCCAGAGGGGCUUCCGGCUCCGCUGCAGAGAGUACCUGCGACGACCAUGUGCCCUUCACCUGCGCGCAGAAGUGCGCGGAGCGGCAGCAGGCCGAGUCCGGGCAGCGCCCGAAACUCUCAGAGGAGGAAGCGCGACUAGCAGCCGAGGUGGCCAAAGUGGCGGAAGCAACGCCCUGCUCGCUCUUGCGAGGAGGCCAUGUGCCGGAGUGGUGCCACUCGGACCACUACCGCGUCCUGGGUCUCCGCUGCGAUUUCGCGGCCACCGAAGAAAGCGAGGAGCUGAAGCGGGCCUACAAGCGCCGGAGCUUGCAAUACCAUCCAGACAAGCCGGGAGGUUCCGCCUUGGCCUUCCAGCGAGUUGCCGAUGCUCACCAGGUGCUGUUGGAUCCAUCGAAGCGGCGCGCCUUCGACGAAGGUUCGGACUUUCCUCGAAAGAGGCAACAGGAUGGAUCUGAAGGAGAAACUCACAAAGAGGAGGUGGAGAAGAAGUAUUUCCCGGACCGCUUCGACUUCCAGCCCUUUGGGGAUCCACAUUCUGACCGCCGGGAGGCGAAGGCCAGGCAAGACAAACUGCUGGAGCGCAGACGGCAAGAAGCUUUGGCCCGGGGGGCACGCGCGGAGCUUUAGCUUUGCAGCCGCCGCGCGCUCCGCUGGCAGCUGUGGUGUCAUCUCCGGAGCAAAGGCUGAGGAUGGCUGAGGCCUUGUAGAAAGCCGCUCCUUUCUGGGGCUGUUUCCAAUGCUUUCCAGAGACGUUCCGAAUGCGCCAGACCAAAAAGUGACAAAGUG